AUGCCGCGUUCGGAAACCGAGCCGAAGUUGGACGAGGAGCUCGCUGAAAGGCCCGAUAGGAUCAUCCCGCCGAUGAUCCUUCAGCCCAGGCCCCGCCCCGCUCUCUUUUGGCCCCUGCUACUCAGUUCUAGCAGAAACAUAAUUUCAAUCAUGGCGCUCGAGCAAAAGUCAGCCGCCUCCAUCGCCGAGCAGCCCUGGCGCUCAACAGACUUGCAAGGCCCGUCUGACCUUAGCGCCGCGCAUUCCACUGCCAACUACGGCAGACCCCGAUCAUUCGAGAUCGUUGAACCACCAGCCCAGAUCUCCACCAGCACUUUUCACGUCCGUGACACUACUCCCCAUGAUAUAUUUCCAGAUGGUGGAACCCGGUCAUGGGUUGUUGUUCUGGGGUCCUUUUUCCUACUGAUGAGCAGUUACGGCAUGAUGAACUCUACUGGUGUCCUGCAGAGUUAUUUUGCCAGCCACCAGCUCUCGGACUACACCAGUAGUGUCAUCGGUUGGAUCCCGGGUCUAUUUGUCUUCUGUGGCCUAGGCUUGGGCGCCCAGGUUGGUCCGAUGUUCGACAGGUACGGACCUACGGGCAUUCUCAUCGCUGGGACGGCUUGCUACGUCGCGGGCCUGCUACUGAUGGCUGAAUGCCAACUCUACUGGCAAUUUAUCCUGACCUUCGGUGUUCUCACUGGCAUGGGCGCUGCUCUGUUGAGCACGGCUGCCAUUUCUGCCGUUCCCCAUUGGUUCGAUCGCCGAGUUGGCUUGGCCAUGGGCACGGCGAUGGCCGGGGCGGGUGUUGGGGGAGUGGUGUUCCCCUGGGUUCUCCGGGCAGGGUUUAAGGACCUUGGAUAUAAGUGGACCAUGCGGCUGCUUGCAUUGAUUGUGGGGACCUUGUGUGCAAUGGGAAUCGCUUUUGUUCGUUCUCGUCUACCAAGGAGCCAGAGCAAGCCGAGCAUCAACGUGCGUGCCUUUCGGGACGGGAGGUUUACCUGGUUGACCAUGGGAACAUUCAUCAUGGAGCUGGAAGUCUUUGGCUGCCUGGGUCUUUACCCGACAUAUGUUGUAAUGCAGGGAUUUGGCACGACCACCAGCAUCAUCCUCCUGUCUAUCUUGAACGUGUUCUCUACCAUUGGUCGCCUCGUCGCUGGUGGUGUCGCAGACAAGUAUGGGCGAAUCAACACGCAGAUAGGACUGCUCGGCCUCGGUGCCGUGGCGGUCUUUGUCAUCUGGCUACCCUUCGGAAGCAAAUUGGCGGGACUCUAUAUCUUCAGUUGUGUAUAUGGAUUUGCUUCCGGUUCCUUUAUUAGUCUGGCGCCAGCUUGCAUCGGUCAAAUUUCCAAAGCCAGUGAAGUGGGUGGGAGAUUCGGGGUUUGCUAUCUGACCGUCAGCUUUGCUACUUUGAUCAGUAUCCCCAUUGGUGGUGAGAUGAUCGAAACCGUCGGAAAGCAGGCCAUGGUGGCCUUUCUCGGUGCCGUUCUGGUCAUCGCGAUGGGCAUGUUCUCCAUGGCGCGAUGGUCGUGCCUUCAUUACCGAUGGCGGUGGCAGGCUAAAAUCUAA